GCAAACCUGUUUUUGCUUCACCACUGACAUGCUCUCUACACGUUCAACGUUAACGUUGGACCAACAUUGGACCGAAGAUUUCUCAUCGGCACACCAGGACACAGAUUUUUUUCAUCUGCUCAACGACUCGCACCGAGAACUCCAUCGGCAAUCGGAAGACAUACAGUCGUGAGAAAAUGUGGAGGAUACAUACCAUGAUGCUUGGUACUGCACCACCACAUACCUAGCUAGGAUCCUUGGCGCAGGGCGCCCAUCGUCGUCAUAUCCUUCCAUAUUGACUGGUUCUAUUAACGUCCCAUUAUGUCUGUCUCUCCUCCUGUAUUCAAUAUCCACACGCCCACAUCUUCUUUCGCGCUCAUCCACUCCCUCAAAGCUGAUACUAUACAGCAACUGUAUGACAAGCUUUCAAGGAAGCCUAACACGGGCUUCCAUGGAAAGCGCGUUGGUCCUGGUUGGAUCAAGUACAAUUGGAAUGACGCCGUGUGGAAUAUGGAUGAUGAAAGUGACUACACCAUCUUUGUAUGGAGGCAGAAAACACCCUCUACAUCCGAACAGUCUACAAGCGACAUAACACCAACGCUUCACGUCCACGAUCCCACAGCCCAACUCCCAGAACCACCCGCAUACUGCAACCCAUCCUUUUACCUAUUCGACUCUGCACGUGUAACUUCCCCGCGUCCUCGGUCGGCGCGGAGCGCCAAGUCACACAAGUCUAGGGCAAUUCAUCCUAAUUCACCAGACGCCGAAGAGAUCUCAGGGGUGGCAAAGCACAGAAAAGAUUUUGAGAGAUUCCAUAGCGAAAACGGUGUACGUACUGUUUUAGGCACCAUCGGUCCAGUCGACAAUGUCCGCAUGCUCUUAAAGAACGGUUACCGCCAUGUCUACAUCUCACGCAAGUUUGCGUUGAGGCAUGGGUUUAUUCCAGCAGACGCAGCACCAGGGCACUAUGGCUAUAGUGGCCUCGUCAACCUUGGCAAAUGGCCCAUCACCUUGAAGACAGCUGCAGAUUUCACUGAUAACACCCAAACCAACGGUGCUUCCAAUACACAAAGUUCGAAUCACCUACGAGCUAGCAAGUCAAAGACCGUUUCUGUCCCCGUCUUCUUAUCCGAGGAGCCGCACUUUGACGUCGUGCUUGGCCGCUCGUUCUUUGAGAAACGCCAAAUAAAGACUUCAUCCAUAGAUCCUACCGAGGUCAUCUGUCUUGAUACUGGGGACAAAAUCGAGUGUGAGUUGGUCAUACUCAAAGAUGGGAGGGGUCAGAUUGUCACUGUUACAUAGUAUGUAUUUCGGUAAUUUGGACAUAUGAUGUGGGCAUCUGCUGUAACCCGGAAUAGUACAUAGCACACAUCACAAGUAAGGAUCUUGCUCAGACCAGGUCGUCACAACAGGUCCGCUGUCCCAUGACAGUGUAACAGGAUCUGGGAUAGAAUCUAUCUCCUUCACAUAAUGAACUCCUUCUUGGACACUUAAAAUGCCUAUGCCAUGCCUGUGGAUAUGAAUGUUCGCCACCAACCCGAUCAUGAGACAAAUAUGUAUCACU